CCUUGCCGUUUUGCUCGUCAGUCGAGAAUGGCGUAAGCUUCCGACCGGACGGUUUUUCCGAUCGGUGAACACGCUAAAAAACGUUUCUCUUCUUUCGUGAAACACGAAACACGCGAGGAUCGGAAUUGUGACACGCGAGUUUAUGUGCUCAGAUGCCUCUUCUAUAUUUGUUUUAUUUUUUUCUCUUCUUAACAACAUAACGACCAUUGGCCAAUAAUUUUACUCGAUUUUAAUAAGUGCCUCUCUUUUUGUUACGUUAAUAUACUAAUAAUAUACUUAUUAAAUGAAAGGGAAAAAAAAUAAUAAAAUUCAUAUCGUGAUAUCGAGUGUUUGUGACUAACUAAAGAUUUCUGCAAUUCUCAAGUUUGAACUUUCAUGAAUUCGCGGGAAUAUUCAACGAACUUCGUGGUUAUAUCUAACCUCUAAUAAUUAGUGAAACAAACGACUUGAAUAUAACCAAUGCAAAAUAACUCAUUUCUUUUUACGUGAAUUAAGAUAAACAGAUAAAUUAAGUGAUCGUGAACUGAUCGAAAUUGAACGUAAAGUCGACAUAACCUCGAAAGUUGUUUUUUCGAUAGUCCUCGAAUUUGAGUGUUUUACUUCGAUCAUUUCUUCACGCAAACAAAUUUAUUCGAUAAAAAUCAAUGAAAUUCUUUACGAACAUUGUUAAAAAUUGUCGAUAGAAUUGAUUUAGAAGAAAGUUUCUUUGCGACAACGUGGUUUCGAAAGUACAUAGUGAUUUCGUUGCCGCUCGACACCUUGAAUCCAUCUGAGCGAAGGUGGUCGAUCGCUGCGAAGGAUUUCUCACAACCUUGACCCACUGGGAUCAAUUCGUUGUUACGAUUAUAAGACACGAACAAUGCUUCGAAUCGAAGCCUUAUAGAUAUCUUUGAUCAAUGAACAAAGAUGGUUUUCUUAGCUGAACAGUGAAUGAUCAAGAAAUACAUAAUUCUCAAAUGAUUUUGUUCGAACAAUGUUUCUGUGUGGAAAGAAAACGAUUUUCAUAAUCAAUGUGGAAUAAAUUGAAAAUCAUAAAUAUACAUAGAUUUUUAUUUUUGGUGAUAAAACGUGAGACUGUCUAAUGAGAUUUCUACUAUGCGAAGACAUGAUUUUUGGUGUUCUUCAAGUGUGUGUUCGCAAAGUUUAGUGUUGGAGGGGAUAAGUGAGACUUGGCAACGAACAAAAAGGGUGUUUUCGGACACCAAAAGCUGGGGCACCCUGACGAGGAGGUCCUGGAGGAGGAGGUGGGUCGUAGGAGAGAGGAAAGAAAGGAGGUGACCAUCCACCCCACAUGGACGCCACCCCCAAAGGACCCUCCGUAUCCCCCACAUCGGAUAUCCUGUCAUCAUUACCUAGCUGCAGAAUAUCCGACCUGAACGUAAGGGCACCGUACUCUGCCCUAUAUCGUCGUCAACGUUCUCGUCGAAUAUCGAGACAUCCAUCACUUGAUGCUCGCCGUACGACGAAAACGACCGCCUACGCGUCAUCUUUAUCUUAUACGUGCCUCAAUUUCUCUCGUCUUUUUUGCUGUAAAUUGAAACAAUUGCCGAUUCUCUAUCUCCACAUUCUCGAUAAUAAUAAUCAACCUGUACACUCGCGGAAGUUAAACAUCCGGACCAAAAACAGAAGAAUCGUAACGUCGAAAAAUCAAAGUCGCUACUGGUGUCCGAAAACGAUUGCCAGUUCGACAAAGACGGCUUUAAGGACGAGAAACAACGUAGAAACGUUCUCAACGAUAUUAAAUUCGUGGAACAGAGACAGGAAAUCAUUUUUUACUCUCGUUUUUACACCACGGCGAUCGUGCCGUAAAUUUGAUGCAUUUUUUACAACACAAAUCGCGAAGCGUUUUCAAGUCGAAAAAGUACUUUUAACAGGCGUCACUUUUUACGUGAAACAUAUCUAUAGACUCCGUCCAAAAGCGCCUAACUCUGAGCUGCAGCCUAAUAGAUCACGCAAACAAUGUCGCGCAGCGCUGCCACGCGUCCUAUGCAAGGUGAAGGACUGCGACGAGGCGGACAAAGUCUCGGUGGCAUGCACGGCAACAAAAUCGGAUGCGGAAGAUAGCCGGAAAGGAUCGACGACUGCUACGUCGAUAUACAACGACGAUGAUAAUUCUGGUUCGAGCAGAAAGAAGAAGAAGAAACGUCGAAAAACUAGGAAGAAACACCAGUUACAGCUGCAACAAUUGCCGCAGGAUACCGAUAGCACUCAGCAAGUGCACUCAGUGUUGAAUCUGCCAUCAUCUUCGGACGAGGUUGAGGCGGUUGGCGAAUGCUCGAAAAGAGACUCGUCCAGCAGUCUGGGUGGCGCAAGCAGGCACAAUACUCUGCGAGAAUCAUUGCUUACUGUGCUAGGCAAAUUGGUGAUAUGGAAAGGCACUAGAUAUCGUUCAAAUACUACUGCGUCAUCUUCAUCCUCGGCGCCACCGAAUUCGCCCCCCGCGACAGAGUGCAUAGGCCGUAGCACUUCCUUUUUCUGCAGCGAAACGGAGAGGAGAAUUCGUGCCAAUAAUCGCGAGUUCAACUCACAGUUUAAUUAUGCGAACAACUACAUCAAGACGUCCAAGUAUUCGGUUCUGACGUUCCUACCGUUAAAUUUGUUCGAGCAAUUUCAGCGGCUCGCUAACUUUUACUUCCUAUGCCUGCUGGUGCUUCAGAUGAUCCCCGCUAUCUCCUCCUUGACCCCCAUCACUACAGCUAUACCCCUUAUAGGGGUGCUCAUGCUCACUGCCGUUAAAGAUGCCUACGAUGAUUUUCAACGGCACAACAGCGACUCGCAAGUGAACAAUCGAAAAUCUCAAACAUUGCGAGGCACUAGUCUCCGUGAAGAGAAAUGGUCACAAGUGCAAGUAGGCGAUGUAAUUAGAAUGGAAAAUGAUCAAUUCGUUGCAGCCGAUGUGCUUCUUUUAUCUACUAGUGAGCCAAACGGUCUUUGUUAUAUUGAAACUGCAGAAUUAGAUGGAGAAACGAAUUUAAAGUGUCGGCAGUGUUUAGCUGAAACUGCCGAAAUGAUGGAUAAUCAUGAAUUGAUUGGUCAAUUUGAUGGAGAAAUUGUUUGUGAAACUCCUAAUAAUUUAUUAAAUAAAUUCGAUGGAACUCUUAUGUGGAAAGGACGAAAAUACCCAUUGGACAACGACAAAAUUAUAUUGCGAGGUUGCGUGCUCCGAAACACGCAAUGGUGCUAUGGUGUGGUCAUCUUUGCAGGCAAGGAUACCAAAUUGAUGCAAAACUCAGGGAAGACCAAAUUUAAGAGGACUUCUAUAGAUAGAUUGCUGAAUCUUCUUAUCAUCGGAAUAGUGUUCUUUUUACUUUCUAUGUGUUUGUUUUGUAUGAUCGGCUGUGGUAUUUGGGAGAGUCUCGUGGGCCGUUAUUUUCAAGUGUAUCUACCUUGGGACUCAUUAGUGCCUAGCGAGCCUAUGGGAGGGGCCACAGUGAUCGCUUUACUUGUGUUCUUUUCUUAUGCUAUCGUAUUGAACACAGUAGUGCCAAUCAGUUUAUACGUGAGUGUCGAAGUUAUCAGAUUUGUUCAAUCAUUUUUGAUCAAUUGGGAUGAAGAAAUGUACCAUGCACCUACAAAUACACACGCUAAAGCAAGGACUACUACAUUAAACGAAGAAUUGGGACAAAUAGAAUAUAUAUUUUCCGAUAAAACCGGAACACUGACACAGAAUAUCAUGACUUUUAACAAGUGUUCUGUGGCAGGAAAAUGUUAUGGGGAUGUUAUCGACGAAGUUACUGGGGAAGUCGUCGAUUCAAGCGAGACGAACAAAGCUGCCCGAACACCUACGAUGCGAUGGAAAAAUGGACAAGAAUUUGUUCAAGUUUAUACAUCUAUAACUGGUCCAAACGUACGUCUACUGGAACAGGUGGACAGGAUAUCCAAUAUAAUUGGAGAGCCAGGCACCAAUGGCAGUCCGAUGGUUCCACAUAAACUUUCUACAAUGCCGUCAUUGGAUUUCUCAUUUAACAAGGAUUUCGAACCGGAAUUCAAAUUCUACGAUUCUGCAUUACUUGAAGCUGUAAAAAGGAAUAAUGAAGAUGUUCAUAGUUUCUUUCGAUUGUUGGCACUUUGUCAUACAGUUAUGCCAGAAGAAAAAAAUGGCAAGCUAGAAUAUCAAGCACAGUCACCAGAUGAAUCUGCCCUUGUAUCUGCUGCUAGGAACUUUGGUUUUGUAUUUAAAGAAAGAUCUCCAAAUAGUAUAACAAUUGAAGUUAUGGGAAAACGUGAAAUAUAUGAAUUACUUUGUAUUUUGGACUUUAAUAAUGUUAGGAAAAGAAUGUCUGUAAUUUUGAGGAAAGAUGGGCAUCUUAGGCUAUAUUGUAAAGGAGCAGAUAAUGUUAUUUAUGAACGAUUAAAAAAAGGCAGUGAAGAUAUCAUGGCAAAAACAUUGGAACAUCUUAAUAAAUUUGCUGGUGAAGGCUUAAGAACACUGUGCCUUUCAGUUAGAGAUCUAGAUGAGCAAUUUUUCAAUGAUUGGAAACAACGUCAUCAAGAAGCUGCCAUGAGUCAAGAAAAUAGAGAUGAUAAACUAGAUGCAAUUUAUGAAGAAAUAGAAAAAGAUAUGACAUUAUUAGGUGCUACUGCUAUUGAAGAUAAAUUGCAAGAUGGUGUACCUCAAACCAUUGCUAAUUUAGGUCUAGCCGGUAUUAAGAUCUGGGUAUUAACUGGUGAUAAACAAGAAACAGCUAUCAAUAUUGGUUAUUCCUGCCAAUUGUUAACAGACGAUCUGACAGAUGUUUUUAUAGUAGAUUCCACUACUUAUGAUGGUGUUGAAAAUCAAUUAUCGCGAUAUUUGGAAACUAUCAAAACAACUUCAGGUCAUCAAAAUCGGCCAACUCUCUCCGUUGUCACAUUCAGGUGGGACAAGGAAAGCAGUGAUACUGAAUACAAUCCUAGUAGAGAUGAACAAGAUGAACAUGAAAUGGAACAAGCAACAGGAUUUGCAGUAGUUAUUAAUGGGCAUUCUUUAGUUCAUGCAUUACAUCCACAACUUGAGCAACUUUUCCUUGAGGUAUCAAGCCAAUGUAAAGCUGUGAUAUGUUGUCGCGUGACACCUUUACAAAAAGCAAUGGUAGUCGAAUUAAUAAAGAAAAAUAAAAAUGCUGUGACUUUAGCAAUUGGUGAUGGGGCUAAUGAUGUCUCAAUGAUAAAAACAGCUCAUAUAGGUGUUGGUAUUAGUGGACAAGAAGGAUUACAAGCUGUAUUAGCAUCCGAUUAUUCAAUAGGACAAUUUAGAUUUUUGGAACGAUUACUCCUUGUUCAUGGCAGAUGGUCAUAUUAUAGAAUGAGCAAAUUUCUUAGAUAUUUUUUUUAUAAGAAUUUUGCGUUUACAUUGUGCCACAUUUGGUUUGCCUUUUUUUGUGGAUUUAGUGCACAGACUGUAUUUGAUCCUAUGUAUAUUUCUGUUUACAAUCUCUUUUAUACAUCAUUACCUGUAAUGGCAGUUGGUAUAUUUGAUCAAGAUGUUAAUGAUAAAAAUAGUCUACUUUAUCCAAAACUUUAUGCACCCGGAUUACAAAAUUUACUCUUUAAUAAAAAAGAAUUUUGCUGGAGUGCCAUACAUGGUUUUUUUGCUAGUUGCGUAUUAUUUUUAGUUCCAUAUGGAACAUAUAAAGAUGGAGUAUCGCCAAAGGGCUAUGUACUUUCUGAUCAUAUGUUAUUGGGAAGUGUUGUAGCUACUAUAUUAGUCAUAGUUGUCACUGUUCAAAUAGCCCUUGAUACAUCAUAUUGGACAAUUGUUAAUCAUAUUAUGGUUUGGGGCUCACUCAUUUGGUAUUUCGUUUUAGAUUAUUUCUAUAAUUUUGUCAUAGGUGGUAGUUAUGUUGGCAGUCUUACAAUGGCAAUGUCUGAAGCAACAUUUUGGUUUACGGCAGUCAUUUCGUGUAUUAUAUUAGUAAUACCUGUAUUAUCGUGGAGAUUCUUCUUCAUCGAUGUUAGACCAACAUUGUCUGAUAGAGUUAGACUUAAACAAAGAUUGGCACAACUUCGCUCUCGCCAAAGUCAAGAUAUACUUCGUACACCAUCAACAAGACGAACACGACGAUCUCUUCGUUCAGGAUACGCUUUCGCGCAUCAAGAAGGUUUUGGAAAACUCAUUACAUCGGGCAAAAUUAUGCGAAAAUUACCAAAUGGUGCAGAUUUUAAAUUCGCUAUGCCAUUUACGAACAAUACUAGCAAACAAGUUAAUGUUGCUACUACAUCACCAAAGGAUAAUGCAUCUAAAAAUUCGCACACAUUGGAUACUAUUAAUCUAUAACUUGGAUAUUCUAUUGUAAGUCUUUCCAUCACUAAAUUUCGAAUAAUUAUUUUGUAGUAUUAACAUAAAAAUAUCAUUAACAUUUUUUCAAGUGAAUUGUUUAUUUCAAGAUAUUUUUUAAAUUCAAGAUAUUAGACCAUAAAGCUUCACAUUUCUGUUUUUAUUAUAAACAAAAAGGAACACAAACAAAAAUUAUGUGUAUCUGUAUACAUUGCAAUAGUUAAAAAAUAUCUUCUGACUUAUUAGAUUCAAUUUUUUGUAUCAAUGCUUAAAUUAAGUAAUUGAAGUUCAAAUGACAA